AUGUUCUCGACAGUUAGGCCACCUCGUCUUCCUUUCGAGAUUCUCGCCAAAAUCUUCACCCUUACAUCUCCCAUUGCCUCGAACAGACCGUUCUCUAGCAAUACUCCUGGUGGCUGCCACCCUUUGGCCCUCGCACAUGUAUCACAACAAUGGCGUGCGGUCGCACUUUCAACACCUCGCUUAUGGAACGAAAUCCACGUCGUCGACGGUAUUCCCUUACCCGAAACCUUUCCGGCCGCAUUGACCUUUUGGCUUUCUUUGUCCACCCUUUACCUUGAUCUAGUCACCUCCAAAAGCGGUAUUCAUGUUAUACACCGAUGCGUACACCUCCUCAGUGCACAUGCGCAUCACUGGAAAGAGGCUUCCUUCGUUUUCAUGAACACGGAUCUCGAUAACACUGGUCUUACAUCUCUUUUCGGUGUGUUUCCCAGGCUGGAUAAGCUUCGAAUUUCUUGUGGGCUGGCAGCUUUUGUCGCUGGUCCUCGCAUUUCAAUGGAUGUCGCCACCCUCUUUCCCCAGCUCAAGGACGUACACAUCACGCAUUGCUCGAUCAACAGAUGGGAUAUACCGUGGACCUCUCUCACUACUGCCCGCUUGUGCCAUGACGCCACGUACGAUUACCCUGGCCUUUUUGGCGCAGAUUACGUUCGAGAUUCCACAAUCUAUAAGUUCGAUUAUUAUUUGUUGCUAUCGGGGUUGGUACAGGCCGUCAAUCUUCAUACACUCCAUCUGGAUCUAGUCCUUCCAGUCGACACCUUCGAUUACCUCGGCAUUGAGCCUGUGUCAAUGCCCAACCUACGGAGCCUUUCACUCUCCGCAUCUCAAGCCUAUAAGCUCUCCUUGUUCUUCACCUACGUCGGAUGUCCCAUCCUAGAAGAACUGUCAUUGUCCAUCCAAGAUCAGGAUCCUUCCGAAUGGGAUGACACCAUUCAUUCCAAAUGGACGGAAUUUCUAUAG